AUGGCGCCUUCUCUAGCUGUCAUCGAAGUUGCUGAAGAUGUUGUCUUGCCCAUAAGAAUAUUCGUGAACAGGAGACAGUUGCUAAAGAACAUCGAAAACUCCAAAACCGUUUUCGAAACGCCAAUUCUACCAAACAACUCCAUCAUUCGACUUAAAUCGCCAGUCAUGCGAAUUUACCUCUCAAACGCAGACAUGAAAGCCAUGUGCGAAGAGAUAAAACCAGAAUUGCAGAUCAUUCUGUAUGAACUAACGUCCAAAGAAGUAUCGGAGGCAGUUUUGGAUAAGCUUAAAGUGGGCAACGUCCUCAAUUUCAAAGACGUUGUUCCUCAUCUCCCGCUGUCCAAAUACAGAAGAAACAAACUGCAAGAUGACACCGUUACCGACCUAUACAAUCUGACAACCAUUGAAAAGACGACCCGUAACCAGUACAAACUUCAUUUUCGCAAAUCGUGGGAACUGGAUAUUUACGUUAACGACAUCAAGAAGCUUGAUCGAAUAAGAAAUUUGCUACUACAACAAGCGGCGCUGCGUUCGAAUAAUAACAAUGCACUUCCGUGGUUCCCAUUGCUAGACGAUGGGAGCAUGAAGAUCAUAUCUCGCCGAAGCGUGACUAGCCUGAAGCCUUCAUCGAAAGAUCACGUGUUUUCACCAGAAUCAGCCACCCCACCUCCGCCUAUCUUACAGGAACACUCCAUGGAGCCCGCAUUGCCCUUGGAGAACCCCGACCACGUAGCGACCGCUGAUAUCGACGAGGAGGACAAACCCAUUUUGGAUUUUAAACACUUUCAACAGACAAAUUUAGGGAAAUGUAUCGAUAUUCAAGUAUUACAGCGGCCGAGAAGGCGAUAUUAA